GCUUCUUACAACUUACUGUUAUUUUUACUAUUAUUAACGACUCAAAAGUUCUCUUUGACCAGCAAUCUUUCGUAGCUUCAAGAAUUCAAGAUAUACCAUAAAGACCUAUUCGUUCUUGCUUCUUAAGAAUACAGACCAAUUAAGCGAUCCAUUCAACCCGACAUACUAUAAUCUACAUCUGCAUCUUUGACAAUGGCACAUGGUCCGAUGAGUGGUUUAAAAAUAAUAGGCGACGCUGAUCCAAUGAAAGUCAUCAAAGUCGCAGCAAAGAGCGGAAAGACCGGAGAAGAUAUACAGUUACAUUAUUCAAACUACAAAGUAGCCGGGAAUGGUUCAUUUGGCGUGGUAUAUCAGGCCAAGUUAUUACGCACAGGCGAAAGCGUGGCAAUCAAGAAAGUUUUGCAAGAUAAGCGAUUCAAAAAUCGAGAACUUCAAGUGAUGAAAAGUGUCUCCCACCCAAAUAUUGUUACACUCAAAGCCUACUUCUAUAGUCAAGGAGAUCUAAAGAAAGACGAGGUUUUUCUUAAUCUAGUACUGGAGUACAUUCCCGAAACCGUUUACAGAACAACCCGUCACUAUGCUAAGGCAAAACAACAUAUACCAACUCUUCAUGUCAAGCUAUACACUUACCAGUUACUACGUGCGUUGGCUUACAUCCAUUCCCUUGGAAUUUGUCAUCGAGACAUCAAACCUCAGAAUCUCUUGCUAGACCCUGCUUCAGGUGUCCUUAAAUUAUGUGAUUUUGGAAGUGCAAAAAUGCUUGUGGCCAAUGAGCCAAAUGUGUCCUACAUUUGUUCCCGUUAUUACCGAGCACCCGAGCUGAUAUUUGGAGCCACCAAUUACACCGUCAGUCUUGAUGUUUGGUCGGCAGGGUGCGUCAUGGCUGAGUUGAUGUUAUGCCAGCCAUUGUUCCCUGGCGAGAGUGGUAUUGACCAGUUGGUGGAAAUUAUCAAGGUACUUGGUACACCCACCAAAGAGCAGCUUCUGGCCAUGAACCCCGAGUAUACGGAACACCGUUUUCCACAGAUUAAAGCACAUCCUUUUGUAAAAGUUUUUAAGGCGCGGACACCAGUUGAGGCUAUCGAUUUUAUUAGUGAACUACUUCAAUAUGCUCCAGAAAAACGCCUGACUGCGAUAGAUGCACUCGUUCACCCCUUCUUUGAUGAGUUGCGUGACCCAGCUGCACGACCUGUGACAGGCAAGGAGAUGCCGAAGCUCUUUGAUUUCACAGCCCACGAGCUGUCAAUAAAACCAGAGCUCAUCAAGAAACUAGUCCCACCCCACUGUGAAGCAGAGCUCCUGGCUAGAGAUAUCGAUAUCAACCAUUUCCAACCAUUAUUGCUAGACGAUCUGAAACGGGCUGCUGUCAAGAGCUAAUCUAAUCCUACAUCCUGACACUCAAACACACCAAACUACUGCACAACACUACUUGCUUUGAUUGUCUAUUAUCCUUUAUACAUAUACAUCUCUAAACUUAUUGUAUUUUUUUUCCAAACAUUUUGCACUACAUACAAUAAAAUAGACAUUAAAACAAGUAAA